AAAAAACUAUCAUGUAAAAAUAGAUUUUUUGUUAUAAAUUAUUUUUUUUUUUAUAAAUUUAUUAAUUACAUAAAUUAGGAUUUUGGAUUAGCGUAAAUGUCAUGAGAUCAAGAAAAUAAUUGGUGUGAGUGCUAAAUACUAAAAUUACAAUCUAUACCAAUCAGGGAGCUCAACGUGUAUGUGUCUUUUGUAUGUCAUUUAAAAAGGAGUACGUGUCGUCAUUUCAUCCAGUAUUGUAACUAAAAAAUAUGCUAAAUAAAUAAGUCAACGUGAUAUUCUUUAACGACGAUAAAUAGAACCAAGAAACACGAUCGCAGUCAUCUUAUCAUAAUUUUAAUAUACAAGUAGAACAGCUGAUUCAGCGGCUGGUCAGUCCGUUAUUAUUAUUUUUUUUUAACUCACUACAGUAAUUUAUCAAUCAAAAUACAGCAACAAAUCAUAAUCAAUAAUAAUUGUUAUUGUUACUCCAAAAACAAUUGGUUCUAAUACUCGAGAUAAAGACAUUUAAUAAACUAACAAAUGUUGAGAUAGACCGGCAUGUGAUUAAAAAAUUGUUAAAUGUUAAGUAGAGUUAAAAAAAGACAGGCUAUGAUGUCCACGUAUGCACAGACAAUUGUUUAUGAUAAGUGAUAUUGAUAAAAGAAGUUGAAGUAGCGACAAGGGUCGACAGACGUUACGCUUCAAUGCGUUUAUUAAAUUGUAAAUAAUUAUAAAAGUAGUAAUUAGAAUAUUUAAGAUGAAGCCGAGCCAUAAAUUUGUAUUUCUGCUGUGGUUAGCAUUCCUGAUGCUCUCCACCGCGGAACUCACCAAGAAUAAGGAUGAAAAUAAUAAUAGUAAUGAAAAAAAGUCUCCAAGGCUACAGCAGCAACAACGCCAGCCACAAAAUGAUGCUCCAGAGACGCCUAUCAUAGUUGAAGAAGAUAUGGAUGACAGUGAUAGCGAUGAUAGUAUUGUUAAUAAUGAUGAUGAUAGUUUAACUGACUGGGAGAAUGUUCGUCAAAGAUUACAGGAGCUCAAAGCCGUUCGAGAUUCAAUUCUUGAUUUAGUACCAGUGACUGAUUCAUUUCUUACAGAUAUCACCACAAAACAAUCUAAAGAAAGCGAUGAAGAAUCGCCUGCGUGGGAAGAAAUUGAGGAAGAAAUUAUAGAAGAUGAUCAGGAAGAAGAAAAAGUUCCUUUAACACCUGAACAACAAGAAGCCGAAGAAAUGUUCAACAAAGCACAGAAGUUAUUAAACGCCACCAGGAGUAAUAAAGCUGAGGCUUAUAAAUUGAUAACUGGAGCGGCAACGCUAGGACACGCUGAAGCGAGAUCAAUGUUGGCAUGGGCUCAGUUACUAGGUACACAAACGGGACUGCCGUCAGCUAGUCAAGACAUUUCAGCAGCUCUGCAAACAUUCAAAGAGCUGGUGGAAACGGGAUUGCCGUCGGCGCAUAUGGGAAUGGGUUUUUUUUAUGCAUUAGGUCUGCAAGGAAUUAAAACUUCCCAAGCGAAAGCUUUGUUACACUAUACCAUCGCAGCAAUUGGCGGAGAUACUCGAGCACAAAUGGCAGUCGGCUACAGGUACUGGGUAGGAGUGUUUACUCGCCCUUCCUGCGAGAGUGCCUUGAGUUACUAUCGAAAAGUAGCUAAUAAGGUGGCUGAUCAAGUGACCUUGAGUGGUGGUCCAGUUAUUCAGCGGACUAGGCUACUAGAUGAGCAAGAAAAUCCAGAGUUCAACUCAGGAAUCCUGGAUGACGACUUGAUCGAGUACUAUCAGCUGUUGGCAGAACGUGGUGAUGUACAAGCUCAAGUCGGGCUUGGACAACUGCACUAUCAAGGCGGUAGAGGAGUUCCUCUGGAUCAUCAGCGGGCUCUUGAUUAUUUUCAGCAUGCUGCUAAUGCUGGCAAUGCUGUUGCUAUGGCUUUUUUGGGAAAAAUUUAUUUGGAAGGAAGCGACAUAGUUAAACAGGAUAAUGAUACGGCUUUAGAAUAUUUUUCGAAAGCCGCGACACACGGUAAUCCUGUGGGACAAAGUGGGUUAGGAUUAAUGUAUUUGUAUGGUAGAGGAGUGAAACGGGAUACCACGAAAGCUUUGCAAUAUUUUAGCCAAGCUGCUGAGCAAGGAUGGGUUGAUGGACAAUUACAAUUAGGCAAUAUGUAUUUCAGUGGAAUAGGCGUAAAGCGUGAUUAUAAAAUGGCAAACAAGUACUUCAACCUCGCAAGUCAGUCUGGGCAUGUACUGGCGUUUUACAAUUUAGCUCAGAUGCAUGCUACAGGUACGGGGAUGAUGCGAAGCUGUUCAGCAGCCGUUGAGUUAUUUAAAAACGUCGCCGAGCGCGGCAAAUGGAGUAAUCAAUUGAUGACAGCACACGCUGAUUACCGAGAAGGUAGAGUCGACCAGGCGUUCAUUCAGUAUGCUCUCCUUGCGGAAAUGGGUUAUGAAGCGGCUCAGAGCAAUGCAGCGUAUAUUCUGGAUAAAGGCGAAGUAGGAAUUUUGACUCCUGAUGAAGGGCUCAAGAUGGCAUUGGCUUUCUGGGCACGGGCUGCUGCUCAAGGGUACUCAACAGCUCAGGUAAAACUUGGCGAUGCUCAUUACUAUGGAAAAGGAACGAAAGUCGACUACGAAGCAGCUGCUCGCUAUUAUAGACAAGCGUCUGAGCAGCAGCAAAAUGCUCAAGCAAUAUUCAAUCUCGGUUACAUGCACGAACGCGGACUUGGUCUUGCACAAGAUCGACAUUUAGCGAAACGCUGUUAUGAUUUAGCAGCUGAAACGAGCCCUGAUGCACGAAUUCCCGUUGCUUUGGCUCUUAUAAAGCUUUAUUUUCUAUUUGGUAUUGAUUAUCUGAAAGAAUUCAGUUUCAAUGAACAUAUGACCAAGUGGGACCAAAUGCUAGGACAAAAUUGGGAUCUAUAUGUGAUUGGUGUAUUAACAGGGAUGUUAAGUCUUGUUAUUUACUUCCGUAGGCCACAGCCUCCUCAGCAACCACAACGAGGAGCUGGUGCUACACCAGCGAGACCCGGAACUGGAGUGGGAGCUGGAACACCAGCAGCUCCAGCUGCCCCAGCUGAUGUUCCUCCUGUUAAUUAAUUGAUUUUUUCUACGUUUAACGUCAAUUUUAAUUGAAUUUACACACGUGUAUAGUGGUUUCACGACUAUUUUUUAGUUUUAAUUAUUUAAUAAUUAAAUUAAACGUGCUAACGUACUACUCGGCUGUUGAAAGAUUAAUAUCUUUACUCCUUUUUGUUUUUCUUAACUUAUAAUUUUUUUCCAGUGUAAUUGCAAUUAAAAUUGACUUAAAUUUUAAUUCUAAAGAUAAUUAACGUCAGAUUAUAUUAGUUUGAAAAACUAAUUGUAAUUAAACUCUCGUAUCUCGACGUUACCAACUAAAAUAAAUAAAAUUAUUGUCAAGAACCAAAUACCUGUUAAUGACUGAAGUUUGUAUUAUGAAAAAAUGAUAGAAGAGUGUAGAAAAAAAAAUAAAUGAAUAAAUUCUUAUAAUAAAAUAA